AAGCACGUCGUGCACCAUAAUAUUAAACAUUCUACGUGAUAUAUUUUGUGAUUUUUUUGUUUUGCAUUGAAUACACAUUAGUAGAGAAACUCUCGGAUAAAUCAAUAUAAAUUAUAAUAUUAUAGAUGGACAGUCAGAUUAAUAUCAAAAUAGGAAGUAUACUUUGUAUGGUAAAAUAUACUUUGUACAGUGAAUAUAUAUAUAUUUUAUACGUGUUGAUUUUCUUAAAAACAGAUUUUUUUUUCAUAAUAUGACUUAAUAAAAUUUUUUCAAUUGACAAGUGCUGCCAAUUUAUAUUUAUUUGUUUAAACUGUCGUACUUUUGUGUUGUGAGAAUUAAUAGUAAAGAAUAAUUGAAUUUUUUUAUUUGAAUGUAGAUAAACCUUGGACGUUCUUUUCAUUCAGUUUUUUUCUCUGGCGUUUUUUCAACAUUCCUUUUAUUAUAGCCAAUGUUUCUAUAAAGUAAAAAUGAAGCAUCCUUCCAAGGAUUUAUAUUUUAAUAAUAAGCAUUUUUCCACCACGACCAACACUACUCUUCCAUUUUAGAUCGUUGCUUUUAUGAAUAAUAAUUUUAUUCGAUAUGCUUUUUCAUAGGUUAUCUCAUUUCCUUCAAACUUGUUUCGUCCACAUGGUCGACGUAAGCCUGUUCCUUCUAGUUACAUAAUGGCUAUGGUCCAUUUCACGCUGCAAAUGCUUCGAAACGCAAUGUAGACCAAUCAUUUUUUUUUUGAAGCGCUCCAAAGUUUGCAGCGUGAAGCGAACCCUAACCUAUGUUAUACUUUUAUAUACUGAAACGCAAUAGAUACAUGAUACCCGGUAGUGGAAGUGAGAAGGAAUAAAAAAUGAGAAUGCGAAAAUGCAAUUAAAAGGAAUAUCUGAGUAACCGCCGCGGCUGUUUAUUAAUUUAUAACCCAGUAACCGUUAGUGAAAAUAUUCUCGGCCUGAAAUAUCGGCGAUCAACACAGAAUUGUUAACAAGACUCGUUGCAAUUGCAUAGACUCAAUGAGGUUAGUUUGUUCUUCGAGUUGAAUCAAUCGUAUCGCUCGACUGUGCCGUCCGAUGUUACGACGUCGUUCUCGUAUAAUACAAAUUUAUGCGAACUUUUAUAACUGUUACUUUGUAGAUUUUGUUAGGAGACUGUUCAAAGCUGCUGCCAUUGGUACAGUUGGGCUAGGCACUCUAGCAUCUCUCAGGGCAAAUGAAUACGAUGUUGGAUCCAUUGGAAUCGUACGACUGGGACGGGCUGCAAUCACAGUAUUCGACAUAGGCCGAUACUACCAGAAGAAAUUGUACAGAAGUAAAUUAGACAAGUUAUCGGCAGAGUACCUGCAACUGAAGUCAGAUGCUCACAAGUACGGAGCACAGAAGUUGCUGGAGCUUUGCUGCGCCAACAAGGGAGUCUACAUCAAAGUCGGCCAGCACGUAGGUGCAUUGGAUUACCUACUACCUCAGGAAUAUGUGCACACCUUGCGCGUACUGCACAGUUCAGCACCGCAGUCUUCGUUCAAAGACGUGCUGACCGUGAUCAAGGAGGACUUCAAGAAAGAUCCGUACGAGAUAUUCCAGAGUAUCGACCUGGAGCCGCUAGGCACUGCUAGCCUCGCGCAGGUGCACAAGGCGGUGCUGAAGAACGGCGACGUGGUGGCCGUGAAGGUUCAGCAUCGUUCUGUCAAAAGCAACUCCUACGUCGACAUCAAGACGAUGUCGACAUUGGUGAAGAUCACGUCACUGGUGUUCCCAGACUUCAAGUUCGACUGGCUCGUGGACGAGACGAAAAAGAACAUUCCGCAAGAGCUAGACUUCAGUCGCGAGGGCAAAAAUGCCGAGAAGGCGGGCAGACUCUUCUCCAACUAUCGGUGGUUGCGGGUGCCUGAGAUACACUGGGACGUGACGACGUCACGCGUGCUCACGAUGGAGUUUCUGGAGGGCGGUCAGGUGAAUGAUCUCGAGUACAUGCGCGCACACCACCUGAACCCGUACGAAGUCAGCAGCAAACUCGGCCGCCUCUACAGCCAUAUGAUCUUCAUCGACGGCUUCGUGCACUCCGAUCCGCAUCCCGGCAACAUCCUGGUGCGUAACCGUAACUCCGAGGUAGAGAUCGCAUUGUUGGAUCACGGCUUAUACGCCGAUCUGUCGGAUGAGUUUCGCUGGGACUACUCAAAGCUGUGGCUGGCGAUCUUGGACGGCGAUCUGGCGACGAUGAAGAAGUACUGCACGCGACUCGGCGUCGGCGACUACUACGGCCUGAUGGUCUGCAUGGUGUCGGGCAGAACAUGGAACACCAUCGUGUCCGGCGUGCGUAAGAGCAAAUUCGACCCGAUGGAGAAGGAGCAGUUCCAGAAGGAUAUCCCGAAUUUCUUGCCGCAAAUCAGCACCGUGCUGGACCAGGUGAAUCGGCAGAUGCUGCUGAUAUUAAAGACCAAUGAUCUGAUGCGCGGUAUCGAGUACUCGCUGCGCACCCAAGCCAGAAUGUCAGCGAUGAUGGAGAUGUCCAAGUGCUGCGUGCGCUCCGUGUACGGUGAGAAGUUGAGGCACUGCUCGAGUACGUGGGACAAGUGCAGAGUGUCGUUCUUGGAACGUUGGACGCUCUUCAAGCUUUCUCUCUACUACGUGUACCUGGGCCUACUACAUUUCAAUUUGAACAACGCAGUCAAUUCUUUGUGGACAAAGGACUUCUAUCCAUUUUAAUGUGAACUCUCGUCUAGAUCGUAAUUACGUUUCUAUCUCUAAUAAGGUGAUCGUUGCGUUUCUCACAAAGUUUGUUCUUCUAAAUUAUCGUUUUUACAAUCUAUGUAUUUUUCUUAUAUAUAUAUAUAUAUAUAUAUAUAGCCUAUGUAUUUUUUAAAAUAUAUUUCAGUAUCGAAAAGAGCAGACUUGGACGAUGUGUACAGCGAUGCAGUGAUCCUGUUUUCGAUGUCUUCGAUAUGUACAUAAUAAUAUAUAAAAUGUUUUGCUCGUUUGUCAUUGAUUUGUUAAUUAUGUUAUAGCUUACCUGUUGAAUCAAAAUAUAGUGAUCGUCGAGAUUUCAUCAUUUAAAUUUGAUCAAGAGUUUAUAACAAAUAUAUUUGUUAAAGUUUUAAUUGGUCUUGACAUAAUAAUUACCUUUUAA